AUGAUCCAUUACUGUCCGACCAACACGUCCAUGGACGUGGUUUGGUUCAACCAUGGCGUAUCACAGUGCUUCAUGGAUACGGUUGCAAUGGGAUCGAUCGGAGGAUUUAUGCUUAUUUUUGGUACACUACAGCUAGUAAUGUACCUACGCCAUUCAACGGAGAUCGAUACACAACGGAUACGAAAGUCACGUCUGUACCGUUUCCAACUGUUUCUCUUACUCAUGAUGCCGGUGCUCACCGCAGUAAGGUUCGUGCUGGAAGGUUUCAUCUUCGAAGGAGCACAAGUGUACGGUUUCAUGAUCCUGUCGAUCGCCGUAGCGCUGUUCGUGUAUCCCUACUCGAUCGUGCUGCUUGUAAAGGAGCGCUAUUAUCAGCUACCGUCAGUACCAACACGUGGCCAUGGAUUGGUGUUGCUAAUUUUCUGGACCAUGCUGUUUAUUGUACAGAACAUAGCAUUCAUCAAUCUGAACUACCACGACGCAUGGUUCCGGUUGGAGACGUUGCGAGACAAGGUGGAAUUCGGAAUGUUCGUCGCACGGUACUCGAUCACCAUGUUGUUAUUUGUGAUCGGUCUUAAGGCUCCCGGCAUAACAUCAACACAGUUCACCGAAGAGUACCAAACCCUCCACCAGGCACAGGAAAAUCAAUCCACGUUCCAUAACGCUUGGGGUAAAAUGCGAACCUUGUUGCCGUUUUUGUGGCCCAAAACGGAUCUGUUGCUGCAGUUUCGUGUCGUGUUCUGUUUUCUGCUGCUCAUUGCCGGACGCCUAAUUAACGUGUACGUGCAGAUUUACAACAAGAAGAUUGUCGAUAGUCUAACGGAGAAGCCGGCAGCGUUCCGCUGGGAUUGGAUUCUGCUGUACGUGGGUUUCAAGUUUCUCCAGGGUGGUGGUACCGGAUCGAUGGGACUGCUCAACAAUCUGCGCAGCUUCCUGUGGAUCCGCAUUCAGCAGUACACGACGCGCGAAAUUGAACUCGAACUGUUUCGCCAUCUGCACAGUUUAUCGCUGCGGUGGCAUCUGAACCGCAAAACGGGCGAAGUUCUGCGUGUUAUGGACCGUGGCACGGAUAGCAUUAACAACUUGCUGAAUUACAUUCUGUUUUCGAUCGCUCCGACAAUAGUGGACAUUUUGAUCGCUGUCGUGUUCUUCAUUACGGCAUUCAACUGGUGGUUUGGAUUUAUCGUAUUCCUCACCAUGUCAUUGUACAUCGUGGCCACAAUUAUGGUAACGGAAUGGCGCACGAAAUUCCAACGCCGAAUGAAUUUGGCCGAUAAUCAGCAGAAGGCACGAAGCGUCGAUUCACUGCUGAACUUUGAGACGGUUAAGUACUACGGAGCUGAGCAGUAUGAAGUUUCUUGUUACCGGGACGCAAUUCUCAAGUUCCAGGACGAAGAAUGGCGGUCGAUUAUCACUUUAAACAUCCUCAAUACGAUGCAAAAUAUAAUUGUUUGUGGUGGCUUGCUUGCUGGGUCGAUGCUAUGUGCGUAUCUCGUCGUAUACGAGGAGGGAUUGACUGUUGGUGACUAUGUACUGUUUGCCAGCUAUAUAAUUCAGCUCUAUGUACCGCUUAAUUGGUUCGGUACAUUCUACCGCGCAAUCCAAAAGAACUUCGUCGACAUGGAGAACAUGUUUGAUCUGAUGCGCGAAGAGCAGGAAGUACUGGACGCACCAUCAGCACCGGGAUUGGCAGUAGCACGUGGCAGAAUAGAGUUCAAUGAUGUUACGUUUGGCUACAAUGCGGAACGUCUUGUCUUGCGUAAUGUUAGCUUCAGCGUACCGGGAGGAAAAACUGUAGCCAUUGUCGGUCCAUCAGGCGCGGGCAAAAGUACGAUCAUGCGACUACUUUUCCGAUUCUACGACGUCAAUAGCGGCUCAAUAUCGGUCGAUGGGCAGAAUAUUAAAAUCGUGCGCCAAGCUUCUUUGCGUCAGGCGAUUGGUGUUGUGCCGCAGGAUACGGUACUGUUUAAUAAUACGAUCAAGUACAACAUUCAGUACGGCCGUGUCGGUGCCCCAGAUGCAGAUGUUAUAAUGGCGGCCAGAAGUGCGGACAUACACGAAAGGAUUUUAACAUUCUCAGAACAGUACGAAACGCAGGUGGGUGAACGUGGGCUGCGCUUAAGUGGCGGUGAAAAACAACGUGUAGCAAUCGCUCGAACGAUCCUUAAAUCGCCGGCGAUCGUACUGCUGGACGAGGCCACGAGCGCACUGGACACACAAACGGAACGCAACAUCCAAACGGCAUUGGCAAAGGUAUGUGCCAAUCGGACAACGAUCAUCAUUGCUCAUCGACUAUCGACGAUCAUUCAUGCGGAUGAGAUCAUUGUGCUGAAGGAAGGCUCGAUUGUUGAGAGGGGACGGCAUGAGAUGCUGCUCGAGCAGAACGGAGUUUACGCGGACAUGUGGAAUCAACAGUUGAAAAAUCUAGAACUAGGGCCUAACGAUACUGAUGAUGGAAUGGUAGAUGCAAAUGUCCAAGCAGCAAAUGGAACACCGAACAAAUUGCCUGCAAUAGCACCACCGAAUCAUCAUCAUCAUCAUUGA